AUGUAAACCAAGAAAACUUUGACAAUCUAAGAUUUGGAGACUCCAAGAUUUUUAUCAUCCUCUUUUUACCCAUAUACAUUAAACGACAACGGAGAAGUAGUUCUUUUAAUGAGAAACAAGAAAGAUUCAAAAAAUAGUCCUUUCUAUACAGACUUUGGAUCAUCUUUGAAAGACAGCGAUUACAGCAUAGUAUACACAGCAGUAAAAUCUUAUCUUACAAAAACUGCAUGUUUAUGUGUAGGAUCUGAGCUUGAAAAUCUAUCAAAUUACUCUGAGAUUGAAAAGAGAUUGAGGGAAAUAUCAUCUAAAUACAGCAGUGAGAAUGAUAUUUUAUUGUAAAACAUGAAAAAAAUGCAUGAAAUAAUGCAUACUCUGUUCUAUUAGCAAUCUCACUCAGUAAUUGAAAUAAUAGGUGAGAGCCACGUGGCUUUCUUUUAUCCCUUGGCUUAUUUCAAGCCUGAUAUGAUGAAUAAGGUUUUUGCUGAAAGUGAAAAGUUUAGUGAUCUCAGCUUGCAAUGGAUACCAUUAAAGUUAGUGGCUGAUCCUGACUUCAAUCAAAAGUACAUCACUGCCUUCGAUCUAUAAGUUAUAGCUUAAUGUUCAGAAAAAUUGAUUCUUAAUUUAAUUGAUGAACAUCAAGAGGAGGAGUUUCAUUAUCCAGAAUACGCAACUUUGAUUUGUGAUGAAAGGGAUCAUGUAAAGUUUACUGUAGAGGGAUUAAUAGGAUUGUUGCUUUCAGAAGGCUCAAAAGAGAGAUGGGCCCAUUAUAAAGCUUAUGACCUAGAAUUUCCUUCUGAGAACGAAUUAAAACACCUAAAAGCAAUAAUAUUCCCUGGUAGUAAAUACUCUGCUUAUGAUAAUUCAAUUCCCUGGCUAGAACCACUUAAAACUUUGAUCAGAAAAAUAUAUACAGAUUAUCCUCACAUUAGAUUGGUUGGGAUCUGCUUUGGACAUUAGCUAUUAGCAGCUGCUCUAGGUGGUAAGGUUGAAAAGAUGACUAAUCUAGAAGGAAGGCCCUUAUUUAUUGGAAAAGAAACAAUCAAAGUUGAGAGUAGCUUCUUCAAACUUCCUUUUGUAGAUGAAUUAUUAAAGGAUGCAACUGAUGAAUGCCUAUCAGAUCUCCAGCCUUUGUAUAUUAAUGAAAUACACGGAGAUCAUGUUACUGAACUACCGCCUGAUGCUGAGUUGCAUGGAACUAGUGAAAGAACUCAAGUUGAAAUAUGGACGCUUAAAGACAGAAUAUUCGCUAUGCAAGCUCACCCUGAACUUAAUAGUCAGUUGAUUGAAGAUUUAGUGAUUAACAAGCUUUAUGAUAUUGGAAGAUUAGAUGAUAAUUUAAAGAAUGAAGCACUGGAAAAUAUAUAUGAUCCUUCAAAGCCAUUGAAUAGACAUGCAAUGCUUAAAUUUAUCUAUAAUUUUAUCAGAAGACCUUAUGUCUAAUGA